CCAGGAUAUCUUGGCUUUGGCGCAGUGACAAGAAAUUAGAUCUAAAAUCAAACGUAUCUUUUUAAAGAAACAUCCGGUAUUUGAUCCUUUUUAACUGGUUUCACGCGCAGACUUAUGCGCAGAUCAAUUGACUGGUGUUUGUUUCCUUUGCACGCAAUAAGUCCUGCUUUCUCAUUGGCGACGACCCAGCUAUGAAGACCGUUGUGUUUCUUCUCAGUUUAGUCUUUCUUGUCCCUGCACUUUCGUAUCCAUUCAACGAUUGCGACAAUUGUCGGGACUGUAGAAACAAUAAAUGUCACAAGUGCAACGAAGGCUACGCACUGACAAAAAUUUACGUGCGCCGUUUAUGUGUGCGUGCUAGUGAAUGCUGGGGAGGAGAAAAAACUGGCGUGGUUUGGGACCCAGUCUUAGGGACGCACAUCUGUGACCAGAGAGGAGAAUGUGGAGCAUCGAGCAAGUGCGUCGAGUGUUUGGUCAGUGGGUCUUGCACCAAAUGCAAGCAAAAUUUUGCCCUGAGAUUGUGGUCCAAAGGCCAUAUUGGCUACAAUGUCUGUGACAAAAACUGCGAAAAAUGCGUGGAACCGAAAAGCCAAGCUCAAGUCUGCAAGUCUUCGGCAGCUCUUUGUGCACCACCAGCCACGCAUCCGCCGAACCCAGAUUGUAACAAUUGUCAGGACUGUAGAAACAAUAAAUGUCACAAGUGCGACGAUGGCUACGCACUGACAAAAAUUUACGUGCGCCGUUUAUGUGUGCGUGUUAGUGAAUGCUGGGGAGGAGAAAAAAAUGGCGUGGUUUGGGACCCAGUCUUAGGGACGCACAUCUGUGAUCAGAGAGGAGAAUGUGAGGCAUCGAGCAAGUGCGUGGACUGUUUAAUCAGUGGGUCUUGCACCAAAUGCAAGGAAAAUUUUGCCCUGAGAUUGUGGUCCAAAGACCAUAUUGGCUACAAUGUCUGUGAUGAAAACUGCGAAACAUGCGUGGAGCCGAAAAACCAAGCUCAAAUCUGCAAAUCUUCGGCAGCUCUUUGUGCAUCACCAGUCACACAUCCGCCAACCCCAGCAGUUACCACUGCAGCUGUGGUAACCAACCCAGUCAAUGCCGCUGAGGGUUCUAUCAAGACAACCCCAGACAUGGACCCUUCAACUGUUGGGACAGACGAAUAAACCAAGCCAACUGUCGAUGAAACUCUGGAUGACGAUUACUGAAAUAUAAGUUCAACCUGAUUUGCCAAACCUUAGCUACAGACAACUAUAAGAAUGCUUCGUAUUCUAAGAGCUCCCGGUCUCCCGUCCCUUUAGUUCCCGGCUUUCUCCAACCCUGACAACGAGAGUGGCCGUACUCGUGCUGAUGCGCCCUGUUUAGGCUCUCAAUUCCAGGAAAAGUUGUUUUAAAGAGCUAAAAGUUUCGGAUGGCAACUUGGCUAACCGCUUCCAAUGAGGGCAGUCAGAAUUCAGUUUACAACAGCCUUAAAUCUAAUAACCACAGGGUAGCGACGAACAGUGCCACACUUUAACCCAACCCUUCCCCUUCCAAUCCCCCUUUCAAAUCUUCACACAAAAACCAAAAACGUCACAGCAGAGUUUUGCCAAAUCAGGACAGAUACACGUGGAAUGAGAGUGAAUGCUCUAAAUAAGCUUACCUUAUGUAUCAAUUAAGUUGUCCGUAGUGUUCAGAUUCCGGUGUGUACUAGAGCAAGUUUUGUGUUUCACAUUUGUUGUAACCCGGAAGCCUGAUAAAAAUUUUGAGAUCAAUACACAUGUAGUAUAGAAACUUUGACUAGAGAAUACUGAUUUUAGCUAUGUUGGAAAUGUGGAUUAAUUCAAGAAAAUAAAGGAAGCGUUUGUAAGACCUUUCAGUAGAGAAAGUUGUUUUCGACUAUUUAGAAAUGUUGUUUUUAAGAAAAUAAAGGAAACAAAGGAACUGGUUUAUUCUUA